UCAGUUCUCUCCCAGCUUUGAUAUUGUUAUAUCGUUCAAACCGUUUAAAGCUCGUUAUUAAUCUGCGGAAGUAUGUUAUUAUAAAAUAAACAGUGCAUAAAUAUAUUUGUACGAAAUAACUUGUUUUACUAUUGAUAAAAAUAAUUACGUUAUAGUAUUUUUAUAGUUCAAAGACGUUUUUAAGAUUGUCUGUGAAUAUUUUGGAUGGAAUAAAAGGAUGCCAGACAAUGAAGCCACGAAAACGCCCAUGCAGAUAUUGGAAGAAGCCCUGGAGUAUAGCAAAUUUGGCUAUUUCAACUACAAACUAAUGUUCGCGACUCUCAUGGCUGUGUUCUCCUACACGAGCGUGACCACGACAUCUUCUUACAUCCUCUCCAGUGCAGAAUGUGAUCUCAAUAUGAGUAUAAUGCAGAAGGGAUUAUUGAAUGCCAUGCCAUUUUUUGGGCAAGUGGUGGCAGGGCCGUUUACCGGGUUUGUAACUGACGCGCUCGGACGAAAGAUGUUCCUAGUUUGGGGGCACGCCGGGAUUCUGGCAUGCGCGCUUCUUGAGGGCACGAGUCAAUCAUACUGGAUGUUAUUACUUGGGAAACUUCUGGAUGGCAUAUUUUUAAGCUUCACAUUCAGCGCAACAGCCGUCAUGGUGACAGAAUUCACCCACAAAGGCGUAAGAGAUAGAGUAUUAUUGGUGUACUCUUCUUUCAUGUCCUCAUCGCUCAUCCUUUGCGCAUUAGUAGCCUGGGGAAUGCUAACGAAACCAUGGAACUUUAUCAUCAUUGAAGGAUACCUUGAAUUCCACCCAUGGAACAUGUAUCUUUAUUCAACCGGGAUCACGAGUUUGAUAGCAAUGUUAUUCUAUAUUAAUUUGCCAGAAAGCCCCAAAUUUCUUCUUACACUGGGCAAAGAGUCAGAAGCUCUGGAAGUCAUCAAAAGAAUAUAUCACGAAAAUAGUGGGCAGCCAAAAGACUCUUUUCCCAUAACAUCGUUUAACGCUUCUGGUGUGCACUAUACUCCAGAAAACAUCAGCAUAAAGAAACAACUGACCAACGCACUAUUUCAAUCAAAGGAAUUAUUCAUGAGACCGUUAAUUUAUAUCCUUAUGUUAUUUGCGACCUCGACAUUUGUAAAUUUAUUUGCGUAUUCCGCGCUAAGGCUUUGGUUCCCUCAAAUUUCCACAAUUAUAGAAAAUCACCAGAGCAAACAUGGCGGCGAAACGGACCGCUUCUGCGUCAUGAUCGACGGCUACACGAGCGAGCUGGCUACCAACGUGUCGCUGGCUGCGGCGAACAAUAGCAUAUCAGAUAUCUGUGUACCUCACCCCGCAGGUGCUGACACGUACAUCAACGGGAUAAUUCUUGGAAUUCUAUCUCUGGCUCUAAUCCUCAUCAGCACAGUUCUGGUGGAUUUCAUUGGCCAGAAGCUCCUAAUGUUCGUGCUGUUCAUAGCCUGUGCUACGUGCUCAUCUGCACUAUACUGGACGAGCUCCUCAAUAUCAAUUGGCAUACUGCUAGCUGCGGCGUGCGCAUUGAUGCAAUGUGCAUUGAGUCUACAAAAUUCUGUGCUUAUGAGAUCGGUUCCUACUACUGUGAGGGCACUGGCGUUGGCGUUGAUAAUAAUGCUGGGAAGAGUAGGAUCUCUAGUGGGAAGCGUUUUAUUCCCUGUGAUGUUAGAGGAAGGCUGUAUGUUUCCCUUCAUGACUUUAUCCAUUAUAACACUAUGUGUUGCCGGGUUGGUUUAUUUUUUUCCGAACCCAAAGAAGGAAAAUGGCGCAGCCGGAGACAAAUAAAAAUGUAGACAAUAAAUGAAAAACAGAACAAGUGUCUUUCUUUUUUUAGUACACUUUCACACUCCAUACACGACUUACUCCAACUUUAUUGUCACGCGUGCAAUAGAGUACCUACCCAUUUAAGACCAAGUUCCGCCUGGCCAGUCACAUAAGGGCUCACGCUAGAUAGCUCAGGCAUGGCUCAAAAAACAGGUAUUUUAUUCAGUGGCGGAUUUGCAGUCUUUGCCGCCCUAGGCCCCAGGCCCUGUAGCCGCCCCUUUCUCAGCACCCAUCAUAUUGACUACAUUUUGAGUUAUUUCUUGUUAUCAUCAGCGAAUAUUUUGUCACAAUUUGCCGCCCCCAAAAAACUUGCCGCCCUAGGCCCGGGCCUACUUGGCCUUAGGGCAAAUCCGCCACUGAUUUUAUUCUUUAAACGAGUUCCUCCAAAGCUAGUAAUAUUAAGUAGAAAUUGUAGUUGUAAUGUAAGUAAACAAUGUAAUAAAUUAAUACCACCUGCGUAUAGCUUUAACUUAACAUUUGCAUGCUCAACCAGCAAAAUAUGUCACUGUACAGGAUAAUCUUUCCAAUAUCACCUUGUUGUACCAUAUUGUAUGCAAAUAAAAGAAUUUUAUUUUA